AUAAAACUUUUAUUUACGGCAUAGCUACAGCUCUGUGCUUCUACUGGGUUAUUAUGUGCGUGAGUGCUUCAAACUUUCGUUGUAAGCUUAAGCGCUACUCACACAAAGCAAUGCAGACAGACCUGAAUGGAAGACGGUGCUGGGACGAUGUGAAGAUCGGAUCGUGCUGGGGUUACUGUUUGUCCUACGAGAUCUCUCACUGGCAGUUCCCAUACAAAGAAUCCCACCAUCCGGUAUGCGUGCACGGAGAACGUCGUCCCGCCUCCGUAAAACUGCAGAACUGCGAUCCUGGAGUACAACCUGGAACUGAUAUCUACCACUUUGUUGAGGCUGUUAACUGCAAAUGUCAGGUGUGUUCGUCUGAAGAUACGAGUUGCGAGUGGCUACCCCCUGACUCUUCUCUGCUGGAUGGACUUAUCCUAAGAGAAGAAUUAGCUGAAGAACUAGACUAGAAAUCAGAA